AUGCAGCAGCCUGAAUCAGUGACAGACGUGGCCAAGAUGUCUUUGUAUAUCAGACUAUACUUCGAACGCGUACAUCCCGUCUUCCCGUUUCUCGAUAAGACCUUAUUCGAGACAACCGUCGCAGGCCCCAACUUUAUCAACCUCCUUGAACGCAGCAAGCCAUGGUCAUGCUUAUACCAUACCGUCUUGGCUCUGGGCUCUCAGUACGCAGAUGGUGGGACGUUCGAGGCCGGCAAAGGAGAAUCAUGGAGACUCUUCGCUGUGGCUCUGGGCGGAUUCUCGGAAAUGCUGCUUUUACCCGACUCUCUCACCAUUCUCCAGGCUUUGACUGCGAUGGCGGUGUACGGACUGGGCAUAUGCGGACUCGCGGUCGAGCCCGUCAUCAUGUCUGAGGCAGCGAGGAGAGCGCAGAGUAUGUCCAACAACAACUUCACAGGCACCGCAGCCCAUGCGUAUCAGAAGGCUUUCUGGAUUCUCUACGCAGUGGAGAAGAUUACAAGUUUUCACUUUGGACGGAGUUCCGGCUUUGUUGACAGCGACAUCUUUUGCCCGAUACCUCUUGUUCCCGAGGCAUGUGUGGGGGAAUUCAACUGGUUUCUGCACUUCAUACGCUUUGGCCGUCUUCUUUCACGGGCCUACACAUCUCUGUUCUCAGUGGGUGUGUCUGGAAAUUCGAACUCAUACUACCUCGACGUCAUUCGGCAAUUGGAUGACGAGCUGGAGCAGUGGCGAUCGUCGUUGCCCGACAACGGCUUCCGACCGAACGGCCACGUUCGUCCCCAAGCCCUCCUGAGUCCUUUAGCAAGAUCGUUGGGACUCAUAGUCAACUACCUCUACAACAGUCUCCUGCUCACCCUGUCGAGAACAACGCUGGUAUAUCUGCCCAGUUCAGAGGAUGCGUCAGUGUUGACAAAGAAGAGUUCCAAGAUGGCUGCCAUCCUGGGCGCAUCUCGAUCUAUCCUGGACCUCACGACCAUGAUCGAGGUGGAGCCAUAUACGGUGACAUGGGUCAUUGCGGGAAUUCCGAUCACAGCGUUAUUUGUCUUGUUCGAUCUCGUAAUCCAUGACCCGCGACAGCCAGAGACUGCUUCCAAUCUGGCCCUCCUUGAUAUGGCCGCCGGUCAUUUCAGUCGAAUUGAGUACGCCAGUAAUGGCACUCUUCCGGGGUCUCUCAUUGCCGAGUUUGCCAAGAUUGCUCGGGACUACGUGAACGAGGUCCAGCAAGUAGAAACGGGGACGACUAGACUCACGAAUCCUACAACCAACACGCAGCCACUGUUGUCGUCACCUACAGCCGUCAGAGACAAUUCUACCAAGCCGACUGGGAUGACCCUCGACUUGUCAAAUGCAAUUUCAGGGGAUGCUUUUGCGCCCAAUAUGUCGAGCUUUGCGGACUAUUCUUUUGACAAUGGCCUGGACCAGGUCUCGCCGAGCGCACUCAUGGGGACUGAUGUCAUGGGAAUUUUCAGCUACUUUCUCCCGGAGUUGGAUCCUCUAUUCUUGCAAGGGCUGCAGGAAGACUACGACUUCUCACAUGCAGGACCUGCAGCGUUGGACAAGUGA